UUGAGGGGUCGGGUGGGUGUUGUGCUGCGCUCGUUAGUUAAAGAGGGGAUGGCGUAUAGUGUAUUGGAGAUACAGAAAUUGGAAUGUGUGGGGUCUAAAUUAUGUAGGAAUAGAGGUUACAUUGUUUAGGUCAUUUAUACAACCCCUGAAAACCUCUCAUGUUACCACAGUUUGAAGGGAUUGAUGGGAUGUAUGAGGGGUGGGAAGGUCAUAUGUUGUGGUGAUAUUAAUGCCCAUAAUGAAAUAUGGGAAAGUCAGCAUGAAGAUAAUCAUGGGAACAUAGUUGAAGAAUGUAUGGAUUACAGGGGAUUAGUAUGUGUUAAUGAUGAGAGGGGGACGAGAAUCAAUGUACAGAGACAUACUUGGACUUGACAUUGGUAUCUGCGGCGGUGGCUGGGAGGUGUGGUGAUGAGAGAAUCCACGAUAGGGAAUGAUCAUUUUCCGGUUCGAUGUAAGGUCAAUAUGGGUGUGUGUAUGCAGAUUAACAUGAGGUGGUGCUUUGAAUAAACUAACUGGAAGGUAGAGUGUGAUGAGGAGAGUGGGUAGAUAUUCAGGUCCUGUUGGGCCGUAGGUAGCUAGUUUCCUUAUUUUUUUAAAGCUACGAAUGUAAAAUUUAACGUGGUUCAUCAUAGAUUUGACGAACCUAAAAAGUUUCAAUUUGAUAGGCCAUUGUGGAGGGGAUUUGCAAAGGAUUUAAAUGGACACCAAAAAUCAGAUUUCCUGAUUUAUCAAUAACUCGGCCAUCUCAAACUAAGUCAAGACAUGGGUCUAUACUCCUUAUUUGGUGUUAUUUGGAUGAUGGGUUAUGAUAUGUUUUUCAAAGGUUUUCCAAAAUGUCCAAGAUGGAGGAAAAUCUAUCCUGACAGACCUUAUGGGUCCUUGAGGCAAAUGUGUUCAGUGUGAGGAAAGAGCCUACAUCAAAGUUUUACAGCACCACCUAUAGGCCAAUCAGUACCAAUCUUUUUGGCCAAGUUACUCAUGGCCUCUAGUUUAGCUGUGAACCCCUAAAUAUUCAGUAAGGAAAUACAUUUCCCACAUUUUGUUAUUGCAUCAGGCAUUUUAAUUCACUGUACACUACCUACCUCUUUAACGAACAUGUAAAUACACAAUUUUUAUGACGGUGAUUGAACGUCGUUCCGGUUGAACGACUCCUUCACCAAGUACAAGAAGGAGAAGGCGGAAAACGACAAAAUGCUGAACGAGCAGAACGUCAAGCUCCAAGAGCAUCUGUCUGAGGUCCCCUUCCAGAAGGCAAAGUUCCCCACACAGCUGGGGUUCGCCUCCAAGAGGUAUAAGAUGCUGCAGGAGAACCUGAACGGCUACAGGCGGGAGAUUGCCGAGCUGCACAAGAAGAGCCAGAAGAUGGCCGCCACGGCUCAGAAACACGAGCAGAACAUCCACACCAUGACCCAGGACCUCUGGGCUGCCUAUGAGAAACUGACCGUGUCAGAGCAGUCCAGACUGAACCAGGAGAAGGGGGCCAUGAUGGCUGAGCAGUGCAACCAAAACCUACUGCUGACCAACCUCAAAUCUAUCCAGUGUACAGAGACAGAGACCAGGCAGUGUCUGAACAGCCAAAUAGAGAGACUGGAGAGAGAGCUCCCCCAGUUUAAGAAGAAACCGGCUGAGGAGGUAGAGCAGAGGCACGUGCUGGGCCGCAACCAAGAAGCUCAACUGCUGGAGGCCAAGAAGCAGCUGGAGGCCCAGUGGUCUCUGUACCAGAAGACCAAGGAGCUGUUGAAGAACGCUGAGCUGCAAGCGAACCUACUGAGGCAGCAGCUCAGCCACACUGAGAAGCAGAAUUGGGGUCAAAACCAGGGCCUGCAGGGUCAGUGUUCAGGUCGGGGUCUAGGCCAGGGCCAGACCAGCUCCAGGGUUCCCAUCAGAGUGUCACUCGGAGCUCCGGUGACUGGUUCAUCUUCGACCAUAGCUAAAUCCCAGUCCCAGCCUAUACCUGUCCUUAUGCGAGGAGGGCAAGUCCUCCUCGAGAGCCUGAUCGAGAGCAAGGAGGGCAAGUCCCAGGAACAAAUCCUGGAGAUCAUCAGGUUUGUGCGUCGUGAGAAGGAGGUCGCAGAGACACAGUUCGAGGUGGCGACACUGCGCUACAAACAACGAGUUGAACACCAGGACCGAGCGCUGAAGGAGCUACAGGAGAGCCUCAAUGCAGAGAGAGGAACAACUACAGCUCUGCUGUUUUGCGUUCGCACACCAACUCUCCUCUCCCCUGUUUCCCUCUCUGGGAGGGCCAGGAGGAGAACAAGAAGCUGCACUCUGAGAGGGAGGCCCACCUCAAACGCAUCCAGCAGCUCUCUGAGAUGGCCAGAGACAGAGACCAGGCAGUGUCUGAACAGCCAAAUAGAGAGACUGGAGAGAGAGCUCCCCCAGUUUAAGAAGAAACCGGCUGAGGAGGUAGAGCAGAGGCACGUGCUGGGCCGCAACCAAGAAGCUCAACUGCUGGAGGCCAAGAAGCAGCUGGAGGCCCAGUGGUCUCUGUACCAGAAGACCAAGGAGCUGUUGAAGAACGCUGAGCUGCAAGCGAACCUACUGAGGCAGCAGCUCAGCCACACUGAGAAGCAGAAUUGGGGUCAAAACCAGGGCCUGCAGGGUCAGUGUUCAGGUCGGGGUCUAGGCCAGGGCCAGACCAGCUCCAGGGUUCCCAUCAGAGUGUCACUCGGAGCUCCGGUGACUGGUUCAUCUUCGACCAUAGCUAAAUCCCAGUCCCAGCCUAUACCUGUCCUUAUGCGAGGAGGGCAAGUCCUCCUCGAGAGCCUGAUCGAGAGCAAGGAGGGCAAGUCCCAGGAACAAAUCCUGGAGAUCAUCAGGUUUGUGCGUCGUGAGAAGGAGGUCGCAGAGACACAGUUCGAGGUGGCGACACUGCGCUACAAACAACGAGUUGAACACCAGGACCGAGCGCUGAAGGAGCUACAGGAGAGCCUCAAUGCAGAGAGGAACAACUACAGCUCUGCUGUUUUGCGUUCGCACACCAACUCUCCUCUCCCCUGUUUCCCUCUCUGGGAGGGCCAGGAGGAGAACAAGAAGCUGCACUCUGAGAGGGAGGCCCACCUCAAACGCAUCCAGCAGCUCUCUGAGAUGGCCAGACGGUGAGUGAGCGCGACAUGGAGAUGGGGCGUCUGAAGCAGGAGGUGACCCGCCUCCUGGAGCAGUCUGCCCAGGCCCAGGGGCGGUGACCGGGCUGAGAAUGGAGGUGACCCGCCUCCUGGAGCAGUUUGCCCAGGUCUAGGGGGCAGUGACCGGGCUGAGACAGGAAGUGACUUGCCUCCCGGAGCAGUCUGCCCAGGCCCAGGGGGAGGUGACCGGGCUGAGACAGGAGGUGACCCGCCUCCCGGGGGAGUCUGCCCAGGCCCAGGGCGAGGUGACCGAGCUGAGGCAGGAGGUGACCCGCCUCCCAGAGCAGUCUGCCCAGGCCCAGGGGGAGGUGACCGGGCUGAGACAGGAGCUGCAGGAGAAGACGGCCCCGGAGGAGCCACUACGGCAACAGAUGGCCGCCAAGGAGGAGAAGACCAAGAAGGCCUCCAUGGGUUCCAAGCAGAAGCUCAACCAGCUCAACAUUACAAAGGAGCAGCUGGACAAGGAGGUGGAGGAUAUGAAGCUGCAGCGGGAGGAGCGGGUGGAGCGUCUGAGCUCCCUCAAGUCCCGGUAUGAGGGCCGUCUCCACCUACAGGACCGAGAGAUCAGGGAACUCAAAGACCACCCCAUUUAACAACCUCAGAGGGACGAGCCCCACGAGCAGGGUAACAAUAAGUGGUUCUUCCAGCUCUUCAGAGCAGCCCCCCACCCCAACCGCCAACAUCAAGCCCACCCCGGUGCCGGGUGGUGCCCCCAGUAAAUCUUCCCCGAUGCCUGGGAGCAAGUCCACCCCUAGAGCCAGCAUCCGACCCAUGGUUCCCGUCACGGUGCCCACCCCCACGGCCACUGCCAUGCCCCAUACACAGUCUGACAGCCAGGAAGCCUCAGCAUGGACCCCCGUCAGGGUUGCCUGCCCCAGUCCGUUCCGCGCUGACCCCCUGCCCCCAGUCCUCUACAUUCAGCCUCCCUGUCCUGUGCUGGGCCUGGGACCCCAACCCACACAGAGGCUGUCUGCAAUUCAGUAGUGGCUUCGGGUCAAGUCUCUGAAUGUCCUUGAGUGGCCCAGCUAUAUCUCUGGAGAGACCUGAAAAUAUCUGUGCAGCAACUCUACCCAUCCAACCUGACAGAGCUUGAGAGGACCUGCAGAGAAGAAUGAGAGAAACUCCCCAAAUACAGUACCAGUGGUGAAGCGUCAAUGGAUAGCCAGGCUGAGAUGGACUCUGCCCAGCCGUCAGACGAUGCCAGUCUUUCUUCCACAAGCCAGGAGCCCACCUCCAACUCGGCCGCAGCAGUGUGAAGCCCAAGCCCUCCGGCCGCCCCAUAGCCCAGCACUCUCUGCGCAUGACGACAGCCAACGGAGGCAGGCAGCCGUCUCCCCAGAGGAGAUGAGCGUUCAUUCCCAUUGACUUUUUAAGUCUUGAAGCCACUUUUAACCCAGAACAACAUGGUAUGGGCUUGAAGACUCCCUUUUGGUAGAGGAAACCUACCCCGCUAAUGAUGUCAUCAUGGACUGCUCCAUUUCCUUACUCCCAAGUCUCAAUCAUAGUGUGUUAGUCUAAUAAAAAAAGUCCUACAGAUUUGUGAUCGUAAGAGAGAGAGAGCAAUGGUUAGAUUCUUUCUUCCCAAUUUUGUAUCAGCAGAUACCAUGUGCUUUAAAAGUGUACAUUUUAUUAAUUUCUUUUCAAGAAUAAGAAUUGUUCUGAUGCUUUUGUUUUCCUAAUAUGGAAAAAAAAGAAAAUGGUUGCCAUAGGUGUGCUCUGUGCAUUGUUGGUCCAUCCAUAGGGAAUGCUCUAGAUACACUUGAGCCACUUCUUGAUGGAGUUUUGGCGGGGAUCAGCAUUGUCUGGUUUGGCCAGAGCAGGCAGAUCCCCAGAGAUCUUGAUGUUGAAGUACAGAGCUAAAAAAGGGAAUAGUGUUCAUUUUAACAUAUUGACUUAAAGUUUUACCAGUCCCUUUUUAAACAGAACAGCUGCAGUUGCACAGGAUAUUUAAGAAUUGCAUGUCAAGGCAAUGUUUACGCAUCUGACAAAUACAGCAUACGACAGAAUAUAUUAGUAAUACUUCA